UUGGAUCCAUCUCUCCAGGUCGUGGCCGUGAAGCAACUCGAUCGAAAUGGGAUCGGUAAGGAAAUUCUGGAUGCUGUUUCUGAUCUAAGUCUGUUGCAGCAUGAGAAUCUGGUAAAUCUCAUUGGUUAUUGUGCCGAUGGUGAUCAACGUCUUUUGGUUUACGAGUUGUUUUCUGGGCGCACUCUUGAAAGCCGUCUUUUUGAGAAUAAAGAGGAUGAAGCACCAUUAAACUGGUUUGACAGAAUGAAAAUACUAGCGGGUGCUUCAAAAGGGCUAGAGUACUUACAUGAGAGUUCGGACCCUCCAGUUAUAUUCAAGGAUUUGAAAGCGUCGAGCAUCUUGGUGGACAAUGAUUUCAAAGUUAAACUACGUGAUGUUGGAAUGACCAAGCUUACUGGAGACAAGAUGAAUAACGGACCUCCAAGACUUAUGGGGAACAAUGGUUACUGCGCUCCGGAGUAUGUAAGAACAGGUCAAGUCACCAAGAAAUCAGACGUCUACAGUUUCGGAGUUAUCUUGCUGGAGCUCAUUACUGGACGAAGAGCCAUUGACACCACCAGACCAAAUGAAGAGCAAAAUCUAGUUGCAUGGGCAACCCCCUUGUUCAGGGACCCGAAGAGAUAUCCAGACAUGGCGGAUCCGGUUCUUAAAAAGAAUUUCCCAGAUAAAGAUCUGAAUCAAGUUGUUGCAAUAGCAUCCAUGUGCUUACAGGAGGAAGCAGAAGCUCGACCUUUGAUCAGUGACGUUGUAACUGCUCUCAGUUUUCUUUCUGCUGCUCCUGUUGAAGCACCCCGAAAGAGUAGUGCUGGUGAAAGCGAGAGUGGAUCAGUAUCCAGAAAGGGGAGCCGUAGAUCAUCAGUAGAUACUGAUGGCCGACUUCCGCCGGUUUCCUCUAAAAGUAGUCGCAAAGGCAGCAAAAAAUCUUCACUGAAACUGUUAAGCCAGAAGGUAAGCCAAAAAUCUUCUGAGGAAGAUUUAGGGCAGAAGAGCAGCAAAAAGUCCUCCAAGAGCAGCAGAAAAUCUUCCCUGAGAGGUUUAAGCCAAAAGAGCAGUAAAAAAUCUUCUAGCAGAAAGAGUAGCAAAGAAUCGGAGGAUGGAAGCGUUUCCUCAAGCUGCCGUAGCAGCAGUUUGGCAUCAGAUGAUGAAAGGUCUGUGUCAGCUCGUAGCAGCAUGAGGCUAUCACAAGCGAGUGAUCAAUCUGACUCCAACUACAGCAGCAGAAGGACAGAGGAUGCGGACCAUAACUUACUAGACCGUGCAAGCACCAUGGAAUCUGAUGUGGGAAGUGGUCACCCUUUUGACCAAACUAGCAGCAGUGGAUCAAGCGUUUACUCUCGAUAAAAAAAAUAUUAUCAACCUUGGUUCCUUUGUGAUCAUCAUCAUGGACAGCCAUGCUUGUUCUUUAUUACGUUGAUUUCUAUUUUUGUGCCGCAGUCUGGUUGCUAACGCAACCGUUCG